AUGGUUUCAGGCAGUGCUACUUAUGAAUCAGUGAAAAACCUUCCCUUUGCGAACGAAACAUUCGAAUCUACUCCACAAGUUAAAGAUGCCGUGAUAAAUUUCAAUUUAAAAAAAGAUGAAAGACCAGUUACCUUGUUUAACAUUCAUGAUGCUUCCAUAGUUCCUCAAAACCUACUCAUUGCACUCCAAAAUGAGUUCAAUUAUGUUGUUGAGGAGGGCCUAACUUACCCUUACCACGAAACGAAAUCAUUUGAAAAUUUCAAGAGCUACUGGUUUCAUCAUUUCGUUGCAAUUUUAUUAGAUGGGAAAUUCGACUCACUUAGUGAUCCACAACUCCAAAAUCUUUCAGUUGAACAAUGGAAUGACAUGUUUCUCGGCACUUUUUAUGUCAAACCGAACUACAUUGGUCGUUGCUCACAUGUCUGCAAUGCAGGAUUUGUCGUGAAUCAUGUGAAACGUGGUUUAGGUUUGGGAAAAGAGUUGGGAGCAAAGUAUUUGGACAUCGCUCCCCAAUUGGGAUACGUCUACUCGGUUUUCAACCUAGUUUUUGAAACCAACCUUGCUAGCUUAAAGAUUUGGGACUCGUUGGGAUUCGAAAGGAUAGGAUAUGUCAAGAAUGUGGCAGUGUUGAAAGGUCAUGACAAGUUGAUUGGAGCUUUCAUGUUUGGAAAAGAUUUGCAAUAG